AUGAGAGCGCCAUUUGAAUUAGAAGUUGUAACCAGCCUCCGAGACGUCAGACUCUUGGUCGAACCUACAAUUGUAAUAAGAGGUGGUACAGCCGCGCUAAUCUGCUCAAGAGAUAUGCAAGGAGCACCAUUGUACUCAGUCAAGUGGUACAGAGGCAACCACGAGUUCUAUAGAUUCACACCUAUGGAGGAACCAGAUACUCGGGUCUUUGGAUUACCUGGAAUAUACGUCGACAUGAAUCGCUCAAACGGGUCGCAAGUUCUGCUCCGUCGAAUGGACUUGGGUCUGGCUGGCAAUUUUAGCUGUGAAGUGACCGCCGAGUCGCCCUCCUUUGCAACGCAGAUCGCUACCAGGAUCAUAGAUGUGAUUGCUUUACCGACAUCGAUACCGAUUUUGAAAUCCGACAAAGACCGCUACCAGCCUGGGGAGGUCCUGCGAGCCAACUGCACGUCACCACCAGCAAGACCUUCUGCCAACGUUACGAUAUAUGUUAAUGAAGAACCGAUGCGCGCGACGGAAACUAGUCUUCGCCCGUCUGACAGCGGCCUUUUCACCACAAAAGUGAACGUAGAAAUUAAAAUUACUCCCGGGUUGUUCCCUGGGGGCAGAUUGAGAGUCGCCUGCUAUGCCAGCAUGUACAAUGUGUACAACAAGUCUGCCAAACUAGACUUUUUGACGCCCGAAACGGAUCCAAGGCCAGAGAGAAUAACUCUCAACGGCGGCGCACCCAGAACUAUCUUGAACUGGUUUCUACUAUUCCUAGUGUGUUUUCUGCCUAUGGUGAUGGCAGACGACUAUUCAUUCGAGGAGGAUAUUUCUAACUAUUACUAUAACAAUUAUGACGAAGAAACUCCAGGCUUGGUGUCAUCUUUAGUAGGAGGUUAA